AUUGUUACCGACUGCGAAUCCAAAACAACGAUAAUCCAAUUCCAAACCUUCCGAAAUCGUUUAGAGAGAGAAACAAGAGCGAUGAAGAUCACGGCGUUGCUGGUUCUAAAAUGCCCCGGCGAGGGUUCCGAUCCGGUGAUUCUGGCCAACGCGUUGGAUGUCAGCCACUUCGGUUACUUCCAACGAUCUAGCGUCAAGGAGUUUAUCGUCUUCGUUGGUCGCACCGUCGCUAGCCGCACCCCUCAGGGUCAGCGUCAAUCCGUUCAGCAUGAAGAGUACAAGGUGCAUGCGUAUAAUAGGAAUGGCCUUUGUGCGUUGGGAUUUAUGGAUGAUCACUACCCUGUUCGGAGUGCAUUCUCUCUUCUCAACAAGGUACUAGAUGAAUAUCAAAAAAGUUUUGGCGAGUCAUGGAGAAAUACUCAGGCAGACAGUACUCAACCAUGGCCCUAUUUGAAUGACGCUCUGACAAAAUUCCAGGACCCUGCAGAGGCUGACAAGUUGAUGAAAAUCCAGAAGGAGUUGGAUGAAACAAAAAUCAUCCUUCAUAAGACUAUUGAUAGCGUGCUUGCACGAGGAGAGAAGCUGGACAGUUUAGUUGAGAAGAGUUCUGAUCUGAGUGCAGCAUCACAGAUGUUCUACAAACAGGCGAAAAAAACCAAUCAAUGCUGUACCAUAUUGUAAGCUUUCAAGCUCGUGAGUAUCCCCGCGAGCUCAUCUGAAUCCUAUUCCUACGUCGAGGCUGUGGGAUAGGAGGACAAAAUAGUUUCAUAUGUCUAUACCACUCCAUUGUUUGCUUGGUCAAAUUCGGUGGUUUCCCUGAUAUGUGUAUUGCAGACGAGAACUAAAUAUUGGUUAAAGAGUCUUGUGUUGUUGACAAAUUAACAUUCUCAUGUACCUGGUUUGUGGUGCUUACUAUGAUAAGUUGAUAAUUAUAGUGUUAUGAUAAAUUAUUGUUUUCACAAAGCCA